CCCUUAGAGGUUGUCGAGAACGAUCCAUUCAGUCAAUACAAACACUUCUCUCUGCAUCACGAAGGAUCUCCAGACGCUGUUGAGCAUACACCCAAGCGUAACAGUAAACAGCGGGAGCAUAUACCAUCCAUGAGUUUCUUCAGCUCUCUGCGUGGUUUAUUCAAGAUCUCGCACAAGUAUCAAACUCGGGUGGAGUGGAGUGGUGCUACAGAGUCCCCGGAUGCGAGUACAAGUAACAAAGGGAAGAAGGGCUGGUCUACGCGAACAGAUGCAAAGCUGAAGGCUUCCAGAUCUCAAGACAGCUCAGAGUCUGAGCCUGAGACAAUUCACAAGCCCCCUCUGCCUUCAAGAGGUGCGAAGUUGCGCAAGUGCCGGUCACAGACGACAGCUCUCGCAUCAUCUAGUGGAUGGCAGACUGACGGACUCCCUUCUGCAAGUCCACGCACAAGCGUCAGGCGGAAAAAGAAGAAGUCAGUUGCGGAGCUAAAAGGCCUCCCAUCUCGGAGUCAGUCGGAGGUUGUUACCCAACGUCCGUCUGUAAAGCGACAGAUAACCCCAACCUCCAGUCCUCAGGCUCAGCCACUCGAUCUUUCACGUGCAUCCUCACUCUCAAUGCGAAAUAGCGUAAGGUCGGCCCCAAAUCAAGUAGCAGUCAAGCCACAACAUCGCAGAGCAAGUACAGACUCUCCGGGAAUCUUGACAGCGGCAAUGGGGAAACGCCUCGUGAAGGUUAUCCACGACGGUCAGCCUCCCUCACAUAUGGUGCUGCACCUCAGCACCCAGCUGAUUCUCCUGGAACUGCGAGAUCAAGAUCCAAGCGCUGGCCCCAGACUGGCCAGAUCUCUGACAAUUCACGAAUUGCCGCACCCUACCGCGUCACUACCGCACCCAUGAAUACUAUAUUCACUGUGAUACUACUAUAAUUCUUACACAAAAACAUGUACUAUGGUAUUUCUUAAUCAUAAAUCAUAUCUAAGACCUUGGUAGACGACGUAGACAUAUUAUAUACACAGAUUAGACACUUGUUGUGUAGGGUGCGGCACGGAUGCGGCAAAAUCCUUAGGCCCAGUUACAAACUGCCAGCACGAACGCUGUCGUUAUACACCACUAACCUUCCCCACUCGCUCACACCCACUGUCUCUUGAACAUGACCAUAGUCUCAAAUGAU